UCUGUGACUCUGUUGAAUCGCUGCCAGAGUACAUAUUUGAGCUUAUAUCAAACGCAAUAAAUAAGUUUACACUGCUAAUCAACAAACGAAUACAUUUCUGCGAAAAUUACAUUAAACACCUACACCGGUUAACAAAUGUCCUGUGGAAAGUUUCGGAAAAUAUGCGCCUGACACAUUUGCGUACUCUGCUGUACAGAGGAACGUUCCGUUUGAACAGUAAUUCAAAUAAAACCAUUAUGACAACACCAAGGAAUUUGCAAGAAGCCAUGGACGAGUUGAAGCAAAAUCCUUAUUAUUCGAAGUAUGCAGACAAAAUUGGUAAACUGCAGCAGACAGCACCUGAAGAGUUUUCUUCAAGGGUUGAAACUAUUGGUAAGAAGGAUAAAGGUGAAAAGAAGAUAGAACCUGCAAAGGAAAGGCAGUUUUCUCAAUUGUUAAACCCAAAAAAGAAAAUUGCUCAACAACUUGAAGCACCUGAAGCAUCUUUAGAGAAGAUAAUGAAGAUUGAAUUAAUUAAAGACAAGUCAGCUGAAGAGAUUCAAGAAAUUUGGCAAAAAUAUCACAGUGAUAAAGAAUUUAUUUCAGCUACAAUACCUGCUGAACAGUUUGAUAAGUUGAUAAACAAGGGUAAAAAGUAUCCAAUAUUCUUGCUUCCAAUUCCUAGAAGUCAAGGGUAUGAAUUUAUAAUGUUACAAUUUGAAAGAAAUACUGUACAUUUUACUCCAUUGUUGUACUAUCAAGUGCACAAAGAAAAUGCUCCUGAAUGCCUCACAAUCAACCAUUAUACAGAGUUCAAGGAUGAAAAAGGUAUUGUAUUAAUGAGAGGAGAAUAUGAUAAGAAUGUUAUCAAUGCCAAGGAAGCACAGUGCCUUGCUAAUCUCAUGAAGUUGUAUUAUGGUGAAGAAAAUACUGAGAAGAAUAAACUACUUGAAACCUUUACAUCAAAACCAGAUGAAUUCAAACAUCAGGAUUUGAUUAAAGAAUUGGAGAGUUUAUCACUUUAAAAUAAAUUUGUUUUAAACAUUAUAAUGAUUUAUUGUAAAUAGUGGAUAAAUACAUAAUUAAAUUAUAAUUAAAAUAA